CGAGCGGCACGAUAUCGGUCUGCUCCGUUUCUGUUCCUGCAGGUUCCCGUGUGAGCGCUUUAUAUCCUCUCAGGGGAGCAGACUUUAACAAUAUAUAUACAUGUACAUGUAUGUGUAUUUAUACAUAAAUAUCUAUUUAUAGUUACAUACAUGGAGGGAUUCGCGUGGAAGCGCUGCAGUCUCGGAGACGUUUACGCGCUGGAUCCACGUGCCUUGCAGCUCGGAACCGCCGCAACUUUCUGACGCCUUUUUACGUUUUUUAAUACUUUUUUUUUUUUUUUUUACUAUUAUUCUUUUUUUAAUUCUCCUGAGGGGUUUGUGUGUGCGUGCGUGCGCGCGCGUGUGUGUGUGUGUGUGUGUAAUAAUGCACGCGGGCCGGCUGCCAACUGUCUGGGUCAGAGUGGCCAAGUAAGUAGCGCUGUGUGCGUGGAGGGCUGCAGCCCGAGGGGGAAAACGCACGCACGCACGCGCACUACACCCACGCGCACGCAUGCAUACACGUGCACGAACGCACAGAAACCCACGACGUGCACGAAAGUGAUAUCCCCGCGGGCUGAGUUAUUGCGGUUGAAUCCCGGCUUGAGGUCGUUAAACUGUCAGUCGCGUGUUGGAUUGAUGCGCGCGCGUUGCGACAAAUGCGUCUGACGUGUCUGGAGUUCGUUCCCGGUGAUUUGAAGGAACGCAGAUGGAUCGGUCCAGACAAGCUUCCCGCAUAGAGCUUCCUGUUGUGGGCUUACGGCUGAGAGCGACUCGGUGUGCCUGAUGGAUCUCGGUGUUUCCCGCGAGCUGCUGACAUGAACCCAGAGGCCACUGAGACGCCGAGGCGCUCGCCAUCGGGAGGAAUCUGAGAGCCUUGGACGCGCCCGCCCGCCACGACCACAGCAUUCACGUCAAGAACACGUCCCCCGUGGACUCGUUAUGGUGCGGCGUCGGACCCGCCGCCGCCUCCUCCUCCUAGCCCGAUUGUAGCGCCCUCUACCCUGCACCCCAUGUCACACCUCACCGCCGAAUUAUGGAAAUUUUGUGGAAGACGCUGACCUGGACCCUGAGCUUGGUGGUGAUGGCGGCUUCUGAAUUUCAAAGACUUUCGCACAACUCUCAAGAGGAGUUCCUGUCCUACCUGCAGCACUACCAGGUGACUGUCCCGGUGCGGGUGGACGAGAGCGGGGAGUUCCUGAGCUACACUGUGAAGCACCACCGGCCGGGCCGGCGGAGACGCGGGGUGCCGGACCCCCUGGACCCGGACCCCCCCCACCACAACCCCCGGCUCUUCUACAGGCUGUCGGCCUACGGGAUGCACUUUCACCUCAACCUGACGCUCAACCCCCACCUGGUGUCCAAGCACUUCGCGGUGGAGUUCUGGGGGAGGGACGGCCUGGAGUGGCGCCACGACGCGGUGGACAACUGUCACUACGUCGGAUCCCUGCAGAACCAGCGCGGCGCGACCCGGGUGGCGCUCAGCAACUGCAAGGGCCUGCACGGUGUCAUAACAACAGAGGAGGAGCAGUAUUUGAUCGAGCCAUUAAGGAACAUCUCCUCCAGUGAAUGGAACCUGGAAGAAGCACAGCAACAUGUUAUUUAUAAAAUGUCUGCCAUUCCCUCACCACAAGAGCGUAGCCAGGAGCUCAGCUGUGGCAUUUCAGACCUCAUCAAAAGCAGCUCGCCUUGCCAGUUUAGCUCGCCGCCCCCACCGGCGCCCCAAAGCGACGGCGAGCGCGCCAACGGCACCCACCGGCCGCGGCGCUCCGUCAGCUCGGAGCGCUUCGUGGAGACGCUGGUGGUGGCGGACAAAAUGAUGGUCGGCUACCACGGACGCAAGGACAUCGAGGGCUACAUCCUGUCCGUGAUGAAUAUUGUUGCCAAACUUUACCGUGAUGCCAGUCUAGGAAAUGUUGUGAACAUUAUUGUGACCCGGCUGAUUGUGCUGACGGAAGAUCAGCCUAACCUGGAGAUCAACCACCACGCCGACAAGUCUCUGGACAGUUUUUGCAAGUGGCAGAAGUCCAUCCGGUCGCAUCACGGCGACGGCAACAGCAUUCCAGAAAACGGGAUGGCUCACCAUGACAACGCUGUCCUGAUCACCCGGUACGACAUCUGCACCUACAAGAACAAACCCUGCGGUACCUUAGGUUUGGCCUCAGUGGCUGGAAUGUGCGAGCCGGAGAGAAGUUGCAGCAUCAACGAAGACAUCGGCCUCGGUUCUGCCUUCACCAUCGCGCAUGAGAUUGGUCACAACUUCGGGAUGAACCACGACGGCAUCGGGAACUCCUGCGGCACGAAAGGCCACGAGACGGCCAAGCUGAUGGCCGCCCACAUAACGGCCAACACCAACCCCUUCUCCUGGUCCGCCUGCAGCAAAGACUACAUCACCAGCUUCCUCGACUCAGGUCGGGGGACGUGUCUGGACAAUGAACCUAUGAAACGAGACUUCCUGUACCCAACAGUGGCCCCGGGGCAGGUGUACGACGCGGACGAGCAGUGCCGCUUCCAGUACGGAACCUCUUCACGCCAGUGCAAGUAUGGGGAAGUGUGUAGAGAGCUCUGGUGCCUCAGCAAAAGCAACCGCUGUGUCACCAACAGCAUCCCCGCGGCCGAGGGGACUCUGUGCCAGACGGGCAGCAUCGAGAAGGGGUGGUGUUACCAGGGGGAGUGUGUGGCGUUCGGUACGUGGCCUCAGAGCGAGGACGGGGGCUGGGGGCCCUGGUCCACGUGGGGGGAGUGCAGCAGGACCUGUGGGGGCGGUGUGUCCUCCUCCAUGAGGCACUGUGACAGCCCAGCCCCGUCCGGAGGAGGGAAGUACUGCCUCGGCGAGAGGAAGCGUUACCGAUCCUGCAACACCGACGCUUGCGCCGCGGGGUCUCGUGACUUCCGAGAGAAGCAGUGCGCCGACUUUGACCUCAUGCCUUUCCGAGGGAAGUACUACAACUGGAAGCCGUACACCGGCGGUGGCGUCAAGCCUUGCGCGCUGAACUGCUUGGCCGAGGCUACAACUUUCUACACCGAGGGCUCUCCGGCCGUGGUGGAAGGGACGGGGUGCCAGGUCGACUCGCUGGAUAUCUGCAUCAACGGAGAGUGCAAGCACGUGGGCUGCGACAACGUCCUGAGCUCGGACGCCAAAGAGGAUCGGUGCCGCGUGUGCGGCGGCGACGGCAGCACCUGCGAGGCCACCGAGGGCCUCUUCAACGACUCUCUGCCCAGAGGAGGCUACAUGGAGGUGGUUCAGAUCCCAAAAGGAUCCGUUCACAUCGAGAUCAAAGAAGUCGCCAUGUCGAAGAAUUACAUCGCGCUGAAAUCCGAAGUGGAUGAUUACUACAUCAACGGGGCGUGGACCAUCGACUGGCCCAGGAAGUUUGACAUCGCGGGGACGGCCUUCCACUACAAGAGACCCUCCGAUGAGCCCGAGUCCUUGGAGGCGCUGGGAGCGACCACUGAAGUCCUGGUUGUCAUGGUCCUCCUGCAGGAGCAGAACCUGGGAAUACGCUACAAGUUCAACGUGCCCAUCCAGCGCACAGGAAGUGGUGACAACGAGGUGGGCUUCUCCUGGCACUACCUGCCCUGGUCUGAAUGCUCAGCUACCUGCGCUGGAGGCUCCCAGAAGCAGGAGGUGGUGUGUAAAAGGCUGGACGACAACUCGGUGGUCCAGAACAACUACUGUGACCCAGACAGCAAACCUCCAGAGAACCAGAGAGACUGCAACACUGAGCCGUGUCCUCCAGAAUGGUUCAUUGGCGACUGGUCGGAGUGCGGGAAGACGUGUGACGGCGGCAUGAGGACGAGGACGGUCCUGUGCAUCAGGAAGAUGGGUCCCGCCGAGGAGGAGACGCUGGAGGACACCCACUGUCUGACCCACCGGCCCAUGGAGCGCGAGGCCUGCAACAACCAGUCCUGCCCGCCCAAGUGGGUCACCCUGGACUGGUCCGAGUGCACGCCGAAGUGCGGCCCCGGCUUCAAGCACCGCAUCGCCUUGUGCAAGAGCAGCGACCGCCAGACCUUCCCGCCCGCCCACUGCCCGAGCCACAACAAGCCGCCGGUCCGCAUCCGCUGCAGCCUGGGGCGCUGCCCGCCCCCUCGCUGGAUCCCCGGUGAAUGGGGACAGUGCUCGGCGCAGUGCGGCCUCGGCCAGCAGAUGAGGACGGUGACGUGUCUGUCCUACACCGGGCAGCCCUCCGGCGACUGCGCCGAGUCCCUCCGACCCGCCACCAUGCAGCAGUGCGAGAGCAAGUGCGACGCCACCCCCGUCUCCAACGGCGACGAGUGCAAAGAUGUGAACAAAGUGGCCUACUGCCCGCUGGUGCUGAAGUUCAAGUUCUGCAGCCGUGCGUACUUCAGGCAGAUGUGCUGCAGGACCUGCCAGGGACACUGACGCCUGCGAGAGCCCAGCGGAGGCCCCGCCCAGCGGAGGCCCCGCCCACAGCGACGGAGGGAGGCUGACGCAGCGCUGCGGAGGAGGAGGGAGGAAGGGAGAGAAGAAGAAGAAGAAAACCUCUGGUCUCUCCAUCGCCCCCGCCCCACCCGGCGCUGACAGACUGAUUCUAUCUCGUCACUUCUGUGAAGUGGAAGUUGGAAGAUUUUUCGCCGGUGGUGUUAUUUUUAUUAUAAUAAUAAUUAUCGAUGUCGUUGUUAAGUCUUCCUCCGCGUUUGUUGUUUUCAAUGAAUCCAAAGUGCUGGACACGUCGCUCACACAGAGACGGAGGGGAGGGCGAGUGUGUG